AUGGUGAAUAGAAACCAAAAUGUCGAUGAUAUCAUACGACAAGUUCGACAUGACGAUGUGACAGCAGAUAAUAAUCUAGCAGCUAUAAUCGAAAGAAUUAUGGUUCGAAAUGGGGAAGAAGCACCCCCUAGAACCAAAAUCCCCAAAUUCACUAAGUUUUCUGGGGAUACCACUAAAUCCAAUGUAGAGCACGUGGCUAGAUAUUUAAUAGAGGCAAAAGAUAUGUCAAACAAUGAGAGCCUUAGGAUAAAUUUUUUUCCAAGUUCUCUCACAAAGACUGCUUUCACAUGGUUCACCACCUUGCCCCAAAGUUCGAUCCACACUUGGAACCAACUAGAAAGAAUGUUCCUUGAGCAGUUUUACAUGGGGCAAACGAAGAUAAGUUUGAAGGAAUUGGCUAGUAUCAAGCGAAAGUUCACUGAGCCAAUUGAUGACUAUCUAAAUAGGUUUCGAUUGCUCAAAGCUAGGUGUUUUACACAAAUACCAGAGCAUGAACUGUUCGAAAUAGCCGUUGGGGGUCUCGACUAUUCGAUUAGGAGGAAAUUAGAUACUCAAUACCUGAGGGAUAUGGCCCAAUUGGCUGAUAAGGUUCAACAGUUGGAACGUUUGAAGGAAGAAAAGGCUAGGGAAAAUAAAGGAAAAAGGGUAGCCUAUGUCGAUUUCAGAAAUGAUGAUGAAGGUUUCUGUCACGGACUUUCAGACUUCUGA